UCUGGGAACUAGAAGCGUCGUUCGCAUUAACUCUCACUUGUCACUCAGAAGUCAGAAGUAGACCUGACAAUUACUCGAAGUUACUCUGGCACAAGUGCUGAACAGAACUUAAAACUCCCAUUUCUCUGUCUUAAAAUAAACACCCCUAAAACCCUAAAGCUCCGGUGAAGUCAGAAAAUGGCGAAAAAUGGAAAAACAAAGAAAAGAUAUCACAAACCCCCAAAACCCCAACAUCACCCAACCCCAUCAGCAGCUGAGAAGGACAAAACCAUCACCGUAAAGACACUUCCAGCAGAUCUUGUUCUUCAAAUACUCUACAGGACUCAAGUUAAGGCACUUGUAAGAUGUAAAUGUGUUUCGAAAUCUUGGUAUGCUCUUAUUAAUCACCCUACAUUUAUACAAAAGCACCUUGAGUUCAACACUCCAAGAAACACACUGCUUAUAUGUAAUUUUGGCUGUGAUAGUAAGUUAGCAAAACACAGUCUGUUUAGUGAUUAUAGUCGUAGACUCAUUGGUUUGGUAAGCGUAACCGGGCCUCCCAUUCCGCUCCUUCAAGUUGAUAGACACUUUACUAAUAGGCCUAAUUACCCGAAGAAAAUUAAUUUUCAUGAUUUUUCCAAGAGAAUGGUUAUUUCUGGUUCAAUUAAUGGCAUUGUUUGUUUAGCUCAUUAUCAUGAAAUGUCGGGGCGUUUUGUUGCUUUAUGGAACCCGAGUACUCAUUAUUGGAAUCCGAUUGCUCUUAAGAAUUGGGAUACUAUGUCAGUUGGUUUUGGUUUUGAUGGGCUGCAAAGUGAUUACAAAGUUAUAUGCAUUGUUCCUGAAACUCGCCUUGAGAAUUUAGGAUGGUCUCGGGUUGAGAUUUACUCUACAAACCGGGGUUCUUGGGAAAAUGUUGAGGGAAAAGACAUCAUUCCAUUCUGGCCUAAUUCUGCUAUGCAACAUUGUUAUUUUGUUGUCAAAGGUGUUCCAUAUUGGAUAGGGAAUGAUGUAGAGGCAAGAGAUGCAUAUUUAAAUAUUUUGGGGAGAAUUGAUCCUGUUACGGGGCUGUAUAAGAAAUUAAUGUAUCCCAGCCAUCUCGAGAAAAAGGGUCGUGGGUGGGUGAAUCCUUUGAAAUGGAAAGAUUCAGUUGCUGUUGUAGUUCUUUUCCCAGGUGGGGAUCCGAAUCAGAUGGUUGAUUUGUAUGUGCUGCUGGAUGAGGACACAUCUAACUGGACAAAGAUGUAUAGUCUUGUGCCACCCAGUUUGAUAAGUGAUUUUGAAGGUACACGGGUUCCUCAGUGCUUUAGCACAGGUGAGAUUGUAUUUACUAUGUGGACACAGCACUCGGAUAUUGUUCAGAUUCUGGAUCAUUGUAUAUGUGACCCUGAAACUGGUCGUGUGUUCCGUAACAAUGAAAUUAAGGCAUUAAAUCCAAUUUGGCACGAGUCAUAUAGUCAUGUAGAGAGCCUAGUAUGUGUCAAAGGAAUGAUACAGAUUGGAAAGGAGCACAAAGUCAAAAAGAGUAGCCCUAAGAUGAAGAACUGGACUGAAUUCUUGUCGAAAGAAUUUGAGUCGGUGUUACAUCUUUAACUUAUCUGCUGCUGGAUAGGUGGUGCAGGCAGGAAUGAAGCCACUGGAGAACCCUUCAACUUUUUAAUGUAAUGCUUCUUUUAUGAUAUUACUUCAUGUCCAUGUGUAAAACAUUGAAGUUGACCUCUUGUUAGAAUUUUAAUCUACCUCAAAAUAGCUUUAUAUGCGAGUUUUGAUGGUUGGAAUGUGAUGUAAGAUGUAUUGUUAUCGUAAUUCUAGUUCAUCUUUCGAACUCUUAUU